CUGAAGAGGCCACUGGCUGGAGCUGCACACAGAGAGAUGCAUUGAUUAGUUACAGCUACACUUCUUACUGAAUAAGAAGAAUAUCUGUGUUACAGAAGGAAUUUGUAAAGCAAGCCCUUUUGGUGUCUCAGCUUCCGGGAGUUAACUGUCUGGCGUAUGACGAAGCCAUCAUGGCUCAGCAGGAUCGCAUCCAGCAGGAGAUCGCCGUACAGAACCCCCUGGUGUCGGACAGACUGGAACUGUCAGUUCUGUACAAGGAAUACGCGGAGGACGAUCACAUCUAUCAACAGAAGAUCAAGGACCUACUCAAAAAGUACUCGUACAUCCGGAAGACGCGGCCCGACGGCAACUGCUUCUACCGGGCGUUUGGCUUCUCGCAUCUGGAGGCCCUACUGGAGGACAGCAAGGAGCUGCAACGGUUCAAGGAUAUCUCUGCCAAAAGCAAGGAGGACCUGGUGUCCCAGGGCUUCACAGAGUUCACAAUCGAGGAUUUCCAUAACACGUUCAUGGACCUGAUAGAACAAGUGGAAAAGCAGAUCACGGUCUCCGAGCUCCUGGCCUCCUUCAACGACCAGAGCACCUCCGACUAUCUGGUGGUGUACCUGAGGCUGCUGACCUCCGGCUACCUACAGCGCGAGAGCAAGUUCUUCGAGCACUUCAUCGAGGGAGGCCGCAGCAUCAAGGAGUUCUGCCAGCAGGAGGUGGAACCCAUGUGCAAAGAGAGCGACCACAUCCACAUCAUCGCCCUGGCUCAGGCCCUGAACGUGUCUAUCCUGGUGGAGUACAUGGACCGGGGCGAGGGUGGAGGCACUAACCCCCAUGUCUUCCCAGAGGGCUCGGAGCCCAAGGUGUAUCUACUGUACAGACCGGGACACUACGACAUCCUGUAUAAAUAGGUGCCGUCCAGCUGCCUCUGCUCCCUCCCCCAGGCGUCCCGUGGCCCCUCCCUCCCCCUACCGGCAGUCUCUGUGGUUGUAAAUGGUAAUCUCGCGCGCUGCUCUCUCUCUUUGUUUUCUGUUGUUACACUCGCCCUGCUGUGUUUUAUUAAAGGGGAUGCUGGUGAAUGGA